GGGUUAGAGGUCUCGCGCUGAGUAGUCUUCUGUCGCCAUGGCGAGCGGCGCAGCCAAUUUAAACGCGGUGAGAGAGACGAUGGAUGUUCUGCUUGAGAUUUCAAGAAUAUUAAACACUGGUUUGGAUAUGGAAACUCUGUCUAUUUGUGUGCGGUUGUGUGAGCAAGGUAUAAAUCCAGAGGCCUUAUCCUCAGUAAUUAAAGAGCUACGCAAGGCUACAGAAGCGCUAAAGGCUGCUGAAAAUAUGACAAGUUGACUUCAUGGGAGAAGAUAUCUCGAUGAGAUACAUGUCGAGCUAGCAAAGGGUUUGAAGACUGGCUGCUAUUCAGAAAUAUAGAAUGAAGUUACUGUUGUCUACAGACUCGAGAAGAUAACACUAUAUUGACUUACAUUUGGAAAGCUAUCUUUGCAGCCUGGAGACAGAAAAACCUUUUUUUUUUUAAAUGGAAUCUUAGAUUCUGUAUAAUCUGAGUAGGACAUGAGGACCACAGAAAUUCAUCAAGCAGGCCUAAUGGUUGACACCCCUAUUAUAGACAAUAUGUAAAAUAUGAGUUCAUUUUAAUAGUGAUUUGCAUCAUUUUAUGUUUAUUUUGCUACCUGGUAACAUGUUCUUUUUGGUUUGCUGUUUUACAUAUAUGAAAUAAAACACUUUAGUAUCAAACCUGGGAAAUUUAACUUUAGUGAUGUAUGCUAAUUAUCAUGGUACAUUAGUGGCACCAUAGUGAAAGUUGACACAGAAAGUUCAUUUUAAUUAAUUAGAGCUUUUCUGACUUGAAUAUUUGUGGGGGAGAAUAAUGAAAAUUUUAAACGUGAACAUGUUUGAAUUGUUUAAAGUAUUUUUGGUUCCCAAUGUAAAAUUGUACUUUCAAAACACAGUUUUUCAUAUUUUUACAGUGUAUUGGGUUUUUUGUAAUGUUUUUAGUGAUGAGUGGCAAGAAGAAAGUUUAAAAAUGCACAGCUGAACAUUGGGGGGG